UUUUGGUGGGAAAAGCAAUGUCGUGGUCGUCGGGAGGAAUCCAUCACCAGCAAUCGCUCCAGCAGCAAUUGCGAAUGCCGCAGCAGCCGAUGGUCCAGCAGCAGCAGCCCCAGCUCGGCGCCGCGUCCAAUCUUCUGUCGCAGUUCCAUUUGUUCCCGUUGAUCGAGGCGAUCGCUGACGCUACCGAGAGGGGAGUGCGAGACCAGCGCGUGGAUGAUCUGGUAAAUGAACUUGGCAAUCGAUUCGAGAGGUGCCAGCAGCUCCUGGCUCCUCAUGCGGCCAGCUCCAAGCCCUUGACUCUUCGAAAUCAGAAGAUGAAGCUACAGGAGUAUGAAAACCAACUGAAUUUGCGAAGGGAAGCUCUCUCCAAAUACAGAGAAAUGGUGGAAUAAAACAGACACCAAAUGAGGUUUAGUCAGAGACUCCCUGGGAGUGGAAUCUUAUGCUCUUUAAGCUGGCUUCAAGAUACUCCCCUCCAUCUCCAAUUGAAGUGACCUUUUCGAAGUUAAUCUCUCUGCUAUGAGCACAGCUUCUCAAGCAAUUUGUAUGGCAUGCAUGAAUAUUAAAAUAUGUAAUAAAUAUUUCAAUUAGAGUAUUUUACAAUAUGCA